CUGAACCCAGUCGUUCUGCCGCAGUGUGAAAAGUAUUACAGAGAUCACGGAUAUGACCUGAAACUCUCUAAUGGACGAGUCUUUCUAGUUCGGAGGACUCGAAGACUUUUGCGCCGCAGGAGACAGGGACAGAUCCCCCUGGACCCGGGUCAGGCCCUGCAGAUCAUACCCCGUCAGAGGACACCUAACCAUCCCAUCACAUGGACUGGCCUGGGAUUGGUCCGAGUGCUGGAGGGAGCAGGGCUUCGGUUCACUGUGGACAACCUGCUGUCCUCUAUGGAUUACCAGCUGGUGAUCCGCUACGAGCCAGAGGCGCCGUCUGAUUGGCUGGCUUCAGUCAGCAUCAUCACCCUGUCACCAGGCAACGGCGGCUGCAGCAGCGACCCAACAGGAAGUAAAACUCUGACUCUCCCUGGAAACUCCAGAGGAGCUUUCCUGGACUCUCCGUUGUGUCUGAACGCAGCUGGUCAAUACUUUGUGGAUAUCGUCUUUAACAAACAGCCCGAGUCUGAUGGAUCAACUAGCUCACAUGUCCUCAUCGACUCGAUGGGUCUGAUCCCGAGGAUCGGGUCCAUCCAGGAUUUCUGUUCCCAGAGUGACCUGGACACGUUCCCACGCUCUCGCUGCAUCGGAUUAGCCAACGAGUUCAGUCCCAAGGAGGUGGGACCAGAUGUCUGCAAGGAACUCACCAAGAGCAUUUCGGCACGAAUCCACAGGGGAGCUGUUUUUUGCAGGUGUAACGUUGUUGGCUCUCUUGGACCGUCCUGCAGUAAACAGGGAGGGUUCUGUGAAUGUAAACCCAGCGUGAUUGGCCGUUGCUGUGAUACUUGUGCACCCCUGACAUUUGGAUUCGGACCAGAAGGUUGCAAACCCUGUGAGUGCGACCCUCGUGGUUCGGUGUCAGAGCUCUGCGACCAGGUCAGAGGUCAGUGUGCGUGUCGUCCAGUGAUCACAGGUCAGCGCUGUGAUCGCUGCCAGGCGGGAUUCUGGGGUUUCCCCUUCUGUCGACCAUGUGAAUGUAACGGACUGUCAGAGGUGUGCGAUGACAGAACUGGAGAAUGUCUGAACUGCAGGGGGAACGCUGCUGGACCAAACUGUGACAGAUGUGUGGAGGAUUACUAUGGUGACCCCGUCUCCAGACAGCCCUGUCAGCCGUGCCUGUGUCCGGACGUUCGGAGCAGCGGACGAUUCUUCGCCACUUCCUGUCAACAUGACCCACAAUCCCUCAGUGUGAGCUGCAACUGUCGGAUUGGGCACACAG